ACAGCGAGGGUUUUGCGAGUCCUCCUCGAGUCAUCGCCCACCAAAACCCUAGUCGCGCUGUGCUACGAUCUUGCCUCCCAUCGACAUCUUCCCGUGUUCGGAGAGGGUUUUUAAUCAAAGGCGAUGAGCUUCUUGUUACGUAGGUCCGGCUCGACUGCCAUCUUAGCGUCGCGUCGAGCCCUUGCUGCUCUUGUCUCUCCGGCGGCGCCCCGUGUCCAGCCACCGAAACCUGCGGGGGCUCCCUGGGAUUCUGAGAUCGUAAACGGAAGCCCCUUAUUUGGGUGCUGCAGAUCUCAAAAGUUUGGCUUUUGUGAUGUCGGCCGCAGGGAGUUCCAUUCGUUGCGCCCGCUAGGCUUCAGGGCCACUGACAUCGCCUGUGCUGAGUACGCCUUUGAUGACUAUUAUGAAGAAAAGAAAGAGAAGAGUGCUUCAAAGAGUGGGGAGGAAGGGCUGGAGAUCAACAAGCUGGGAAUUGCACAGGACAUCGUUUCUCAACUUGCAAAAAAAGGGAUCACGGCACUAUUCCCUAUACAGAGAGCUGUUCUUGAACCUGCGAUGCAAGGGAGAGAUAUGAUUGGCCGUGCAAAGACAGGCACAGGGAAAACUCUUGCUUUUGGAAUUCCAAUCAUGGAUAAAAUUAUACAAUUCCAGGCCAAGCAUGGUCGUGGAAGAAACCCUUUGGCCAUAGUGCUUGCACCAACCAGAGAGCUUGCUCGACAAGUUGAGAAAGAGUUUCGAGAAUCUUCCACUUUGGACACACUGUGUGUCUAUGGAGGCUCUCCAAUUAACCAACAGAUGAAAGCACUUAAUUAUGGUGUUGAUGCUGUAGUGGGCACUCCUGGACGAGUUAUUGAUUUGCUGAAUAGAGGCGCCUUGAAUUUGUCAGAGAUUCAAUUUGUUGUACUUGAUGAAGCUGACCAAAUGCUUAAUGUUGGAUUUGCUGAAGAUGUUGAGAAAAUUUUGGAAAGGAUGCCAUCAAAGCAUCAAACUUUGAUGUUCUCUGCAACUAUGCCCCCUUGGAUUCGGAAACUCACACAAAAGUUUCUAAACAAUCCUGUUAACAUUGACCUUGUUGGUGACUCUGAUCAGAAGUUAGCAGAAGGAAUAACACUCUAUUCUAUUGUUACGGAUAAUUAUUCAAAAUCAUCAAUUCUUGUCCCACUAAUUAAAGAACAUGCAAAAGGAGGUAAAUGCAUAGUAUUCACUCAAACAAAACGUGAUGCAGAUAGGUUAGCUUAUGGUAUGGGGCGGAGCCUCCCUUGUGAGGCGCUCCACGGUGAUAUUGCACAAAAUCAGAGAGAAAGGACACUAGCUGGAUUUCGUGAUGGUCGCUUUAAUAUUCUGAUUGCUACUGACGUUGCUGCUCGUGGUUUGGAUAUACCAAAUGUUGAUUUGGUGAUACACUAUGAGAUGCCAAACACAACUGAGUUAUUUGUUCAUAGAUCUGGUCGAACUGGGCGAGCAGGCAAAAAAGGCAGUGCAAUUCUCAUACACACGAAUGAGCAAAAUCGUCUAGUUAGAGGUGUUGAACAAGAGAUUGGGUGCAGGUUUGUUGAGCUUCCAAGAAUUACAGUUGAGGGUGCAGGAGAAGACUUCAGAAGCAUGGGUGGUGGACGUUUUGAUUCUUAUGGAGGUGGUGGUCGGAUGGGUGGUUCAGGCUUUGGUCGUGGUGGAAGCACUGGUGGUUCUUAUGGUCGUUCUCGUGGUUCUGGUGGACGUUCAGACAGUUUUGAUGACUCAGGAUCAGAUCGUUUUGGUUCCUUUGGUGGUUCCAGUUUUGGUCGAUCCGGAGGUUUUGGCGACUCUGGAUCGGGACGUUCUGGCAGUUUUGGGGGCUCCAGUUUCGGUCGAUUUGGAGGUUCCAGUGACUCUGGCUCAAGGCGCUCUAGCAAUUUCGAGGACUCUGGUGGUUCAAGUUUUGGCCGUUCUGGUGGUUUUGGCGGGGGCAGCUCUGGUUCAGGGCGCUUCGGCAGUUCUGGAUCUGCUCGACCUGGCAGCUUUGGCAGCUUUGGUGGAGGCUCAAAGAAGGAUGACAGCGACAGUGGUUGGCCCGGAAGGUCUUUCAUGAGUUCCGAUUAGGUCAGCAGUAACACUAUCUUUGUUACUCAUGGGAUCAACUUGUCACGGAUUCAUUCUUCUCCCCAGUACUUAUCGACACAAGUUGCACUAGCUAUCGCAUCUAAUCUUCAACUCAAAGGGUUUGUUCAAGUCUGGAAUUCCACUUUCGAUUCAUUUUGCAGUGCCUGUACUGCUGCAAUAGGUUCUUCGAAAGGAUUGCCACUGCCUUGUGCUUGGUUGAACGAAGAUAUAUAAUCGUAAAAGUAUGUUAAAUAAUGUUUCUUUAACUCAAACAUCUGUAGGUUGAUGGUGAUUUAGGUUUCUUUUUAUCAGGUAAGUGCCAUGCAGUUUUACUCUCAAAUUCAAGUUUUGUAGAACAAAUCAGAAGAAACACAACAAAUACUCUGAUAUCAUUAUGUUUAUUGGAUUAUCGAAAGAAAGUGCUCUCUGUUGUGUCCUA